AUGCUGAAACUCAUUGAUAAAGAAGGCUAUGAUUUUAACGAAAACCAGAAAUUUUUAACUGCGGGGAAAAAAUUAAGACGUUAUAGUAUGAGUACGAAAGAGAAAUUUAUCAGACUGUGCCUAGAACUGUUGACAGCUGCUGUAGGCAUUACACCACUGAUGCUAUUAUAUAACGCUGCACAAGGUGGUUUCUCAGAUCAAUUAUAUGGAUUUCGACAGGUUGAUGGAUUCAUGCUCCAAAUUUGGCAGUAUGGAUUGCUAGCAAUGAGUACAAUUUGCAUAUUGGCUGCAAUGAGAGUAAUUCAAAGUGUCAAAGAGACAUAUUUGCGAUGGCGCGUUGCACAUUCAUUCAGGAUAAUUGAACUAGACGCACAUCUAUCUCAAUCGAUAGGUCCCUCAAGUUUGAAACUAAGUAAGAUAGCUUGGAUUACUGCCAUUGUGAUGGUUGUCCUCGGUGGUGCUGUCAGUGCUCUACAUAAUACUGCAUUUACAAUUCAUAAAGGACAAUUAAUAACAGACACAUUUGCACAUACAAAGGUCAGUCCUGCAAGUGGAGGUUUGAGACUACUGUCUUCCCUUCAAUUUCAGGUCAACUGCAGCUCAUACAGAAUAGGUACUCUAGUUCGGAAAUUAAAUACGUGUCCAUUUGGAUUGACCCCUGAAGGCAUGAUGGACUACUUGGCUAACAGUCAAGUAGCUAAUGAUACUGGCAUGAGAGAAUACGAAGGGAUGGUUUUUUCGGAUCAAAAGCCUGUACCUACUAUAGUGGAGAUCAUGAAUGGAACAAUUAAUGCCACUGCUACUUAUUCAAAUGUACCUUUAUUCGAUUAUACCGUUGAUUGUUCAAUAGAAUCUAAUCAAACAUUAGGACAGCAAGUGACUUUAAUUCAGCCUGGAAAAGGAGAAAAUGGUAUUCCUGGUAUAUUCUAUGUGGAGGCCAAUGAUACGAAAUUCCCCGAUAAAUUUAUAUUCUACUCUGUUGCUGCAUGGGGAUUUGAUAACAUAGUUGGCAUGGCAUCAUUUUCCUAUGGAAAUGGUACAGGUAAGAUCGUUUUUCCGACAACCAAAAAUCAGCUAAACAGGACUGUAUGCGGUGUGAAGUAUACACAACAACAAGGGGACGUGUAUAUAGACUUUUCACGUAAAAAUGCAACUGUUACAAACACUACAACUGUGACUCCUAACAAAGGACAGCUAGAAAUAGCUGAUUAUACAAUCCUAUCUUUACAACAUUUGUCAAUGGUUGUAUCUCAACUUUACCGGAGUCCGUUUGACGAAUUUCUUGGAAACAAUACUGAUGGGAAGUUUUCAACAGAAUUUCUUGCCAUGCAAAUUAAAUUAUUAUUGCGAAAAGGUCAUUAUCUUAUUAAUACCGGAUUUGGCACUACUAAACCUAUUGAAGGCACAUUUACUACCAUUGUUAAUCAGUUCAAUGAUAUUAAGUUAAUUAGAUUAGUUCUAUUUAUACAAAUAAUGAUUCAUGUAAUAGGUGUUAUUGUUAUAUUAUUUAGUUUUUGUACACCUAUUAUAGCAGCUGAAGUCUAUUCUGCUUCAACUUGGUGGGCAUUUGGAGCCCAUGCGGCAAGUAAACCUGUAGAUGGGUGUACUGGUAUUAUGUCUAAAGAACAUCGGAAUAGAAGAUUAGCCCUACGUGAGACAGGGGAAGGACACCUUCAAAUGACUAUUCCGACAGAUGGAAACGUACCAUCAGAGGAAUGCAAAUAUGCAGGCUAG